GGGCGUCGUGGUGAACGAGGCAUGAAUGGUCUCCGAGGUAAACAAGGACCUGUGGGAGUACCUGGAGUUCCUGGCCCUACGGGCUACACUGGACGUGCUGGUCUCCGGGGACGAACAGGAGAACGUGGAAAGGACGGGUGACCGCGGUCCAGUUGGCGAACCAGGGCUGCCUGGACCCCAGGGCCCUCCUGGAAAAGAUGGCCAAGCGGGAAAUAACGGCGAAGAUGGAGCUCAGGGUGGGGCAGGGCCACGUGGACCUCGAGGUCCAAAUGGAAAUUCAGGCUCGCCUGGUUGGCCUGGGUUACGUGGGUUACCUGGAAAAAGAGGAUUGCCGGGAGGGAAGGGGAUUGUAGGAAGUCCGGGCAUGUCUGGUAAUGAUGGCAAAUCUGGUGCCCCGGGAGAGGACGGAAGACCAGGAUCACGUGGAUUGCAGGGUCCACGAGGACCAAAAGGGAAAGAUGGUAUACACGGAAUACCAGGUCGACAUGGAAAGAGAGGUUUAGAGGGCUUGAAGGGUGCACCAGGAACGCCAGGAAUUCCGGGAUUAAUGGGACGACCUGGUCCCUUGGGAUCACCAGGCCCUGUGGGACAAAAAGGAGAGCUUGGAGAUAAGGGAAAGAAAGGCGAAAGUGGAGACCUGGGAACCAAAGGAACAACUGGAGAAUUGGGUUCCAUAGGGCCUGAAGGGGAAACUGGUGAUCAAGGACGUCCUGGAGCUGUAGGUGCAAGAGGUAGACCGGGAAAUUCAGGCCGCCCAGGUCCUCAGGGCAUAGAGGGUCCUGCAGGUAGACCAGGAAAAGAUGGAAGACCAGGGAUACCUGGCCCGAAGGGCGCCCAAGGACCUCCUGGGCGAGCGGGAAAACCUGGACCUCCAGGGCUACAGGGUAACUUUGGAGCAGAUGGCGAGAAUGGCUUAUCAGGCAAACAAGGACAAAUGGGACAAACUGGACCACCCGGAAAACCUGGCCCAAAAGGAAACCAGGGAAGAGAGGGAAUUCCCGGUUUCUCGGGACGUCCCGGAUCGCCAGGAGCAGACGGAGAAGUGGGAGAUCGUGGGUUCGAUGGCAUACCCGGGGCGCUUGGUGAGCCUGGAUUUGAGGGAUAUCCUGGGCCAACCGGGGACGAAGGAUCCCCGGGGAUCGAUGGACAACCUGGGAUUCCUGGACAAGGCGGUAAACCGGGACAAGAUGGAGAGCCGGGCGAAAAAGGAGGCGAAGGGGAACAAGGAAGAGCGGGAAUGCCUGGGCGGCAAGGGAUGAUAGGUUCAAUGGGAGAGUUGGGAGAGAAGGGGGAAAGAGGAAUUCAGGGAGAACCGGGAGAUCUUGGCGUGGCUGGAAGCCCGGGACCGACAGGACUGCCUGGAGCGGAGGGCAUACAAGGAGGGGCUGGUGACGAGGGUGACACUGGAUUAGAGGGAAAUACGGGUGAUCCAGGUUUACUAGGGUCCCCAGGAAUGCCUGGUCUGCCUGGAAACGAAGGUGAAGCAGGCGAAGCAGGCCGCAAUGGUAGUAUUGGGCCACCUGGACCUAAGGGCGUAAUGGGACCUCAGGGACCCCCUGGACCACAAGGCUUUACUGGAGCUGAGGGGUUUAGCGGACCUCAAGGAGAACAUGGAACUCCCGGCCCCAGAGGAAGUGUGGGAACUGCAGGGCUUGAAGGACCUCCCGGACCACCUGGCCCACCAGGAGAACAGGGACUUCCUGGGAAAGUAUCACUUGGCUGGGCGCUUUCACAUCAGACCCAACAAAAUAAAGGCCCAGGAUUUAGACUGUACUCAACACAAGAGCAGGAAUAUGCUAGUACCACAGAAUAUUAUCUUAGAGGCCUCAGCAAUGUUCUUCAUUUAUAUAAAUCACAAAAUGGCACCAGGAGACAUCCAGCGCGCUCUUGUAGGGAACUUAACCUUGAGCAUCCUGAUUAUCCCAGUGGUGAAUACUGGAUAGAUCCCAACGAGGGAUGCUCUAAUGAUGCAGAAUACGUUUACUGCGACUUUGUCCGAGCAGCCUCCUGUGUUUAUCCAAAGAACAAACAGAUUAAAGUCCCAGAUGCAAAACCAUUCCGGUGGAUAAGCGAAGCAAUUAGCGACUCAGAACAUUGCACCAGCUUAUUUAUCGUACGUUCCCACUGCGGUGAUGCCCCUCAAUGA